CUUUUGGAUUGACAGUUGCACCUUGUCUCAUCGAUGCCACUGACAUCCAUCUCGUCGUCUCAGGGAUUUGUCACAGUAGAAGAAAAUUUCGCACCAACACGACAAUGGAUUCUGUAAAUUUAGGCAGGAAGACUAAAUUCAUUGCUGACGGGUGGGGCACAAGGCACACGCUGACGCUCAUGGGAUUUUUUGGCUUCGUUCUCGCCUACUCCAUGAGAUUCAACUUGUCUUUGGCUAUCGUCGAAAUGGUUGAUCAGCCCCACGUCCUGAUAACCAAUCUCAAGUCCAAGACUGCUGCCAACGCGUCCUCCAUUUUGAGCCAAGAUCUCGAAGUGUGUCCCCAUCACAUUGAGGUUUUGAGACACGGCAGCAGCAGCGUUAACUCAUCCGAGCUGCUCAGUGGCAACGUUAGAGCACCGAGAUCUGCUGAUGGUGAGCAGAUGAACUGGAGGCGGUUCGGAGAGAAACGGUUCCACUGGACGGAGGAGGAACAGGGAGAAAUUCUGGGCAGUUUCUUUUGGGGAUACAUUUUUACGCAGUACCCAGGCGGCAAGUUGGCCCACGUGUAUGGAGCCAAAUGGAUAUUCUCCGUGGGCCUCUUAAUCACCGGAGCCUUGUCCUCAGCCCUCCCGUUCGUGACGGUCCAUUGGGGAAAGAAUGGCAUUCUCACUCUCCGAGUCAUCAUGGGGCUGGCAGAAGGGGUCAUGUUUCCAGCCAUGCAUGUGAUGCUUGCCCAUUGGGCACCACCCGAUGAGCGAAGUCGGAUGACGAACCUGAUAUUUUCGGGGAUUCCUCUGGGGUCGGCUCUGACGAUGGUGACGGGAGGAUAUCUCAUCCACUACUUGGGCUGGCCCUCCCUAUUCUACACAGUUGGGGUGUGCACCUUGGUUUGGUUCAUUCUGUGGAGCUUCUUAGUUUACAGCCAACCCUCGGAACAUCCCAGAAUUUCAGAAAACGAGCUUCAAGCCAUUGAAGGCUCCUUGCAGGGACAAACCAACAAAGAGCAUAUUCCAACGCCUUGGAGGGCCGUAUUCACCUCAAUGCCAGUCAUUGCCAUCUUCGUGAUCCAUGUGGGGCACACGUGGGGUCAUUACCUGCUCCACACUGAGGUUCCCAAGUACCUCCAUUCCGUUCAUGGCUUCAAAAUCGAACACAAUGGGUGGUUUUCCGCCCUCCCUCAACUCCUCAACUUCAUGGUCUGCAUUGUCAUGUCACACCUCUCGGAUUUCUUAAUUGUGCAAAACCUUACCUCCAUUCUGUUCACAAGGAAAAUGUGCGCGACGCUAGCCGUGUGGGGAUCUGCGGCAGCAUUCUUGGGGAUUAUUUUUACAGGAUGUAACACUCUCUUGGCCGUAAUCUGCUUAAAUAUCACUGGAGGGGUGAUGGGAGCCGGGUUUGGUGCAUGGAUCGUCAACAAUAUUGACAUUGCACCCAAUCAUUGUGGUCCGAUAAUGGGGGUGGCCAACUCUUUGUCAAAUUGUUUGGGCUUCAUAGCUCCGUACGUGACUGGCCUCAUCCUGCAUGCAAACCCGUCACUCGUCGGGUGGAAAAUUGUGUUCCUCAUCCCAGCUUUGAUCAACAUUGUGGCGAAUCUGGUAUACCUAAUAUUCGCCAAAGCGGAUGAAAUGCCCUGGAAUCGACCCAAAAAGUCUCCCUCAGCCUAGCCAUAUUUCGACCUGCAGUUCGACCCAUGCAAAUCCAUACAUCGACCCAGACUUACGCAAACUAGGUUUUCCUGGCUGAAGUUACGUAUAUAUUUUGUUAUGUAUAUACCGUGGUUUACCUAUAGAUUGGUCAUUAAAUUGUCAGUUUGAUGUUGAUAAAAUA